UUUCCGUUGAGGGAGAAGUGAGCGAGAUGGUGCACAGUGCGUACGAUUCGGUGGAGCUGGUGAAGGCCUGCCCUGCCCGCAUCGACGCCGUGGUUUCGUAUGGCCCCAAGCUCCUCCUUGGCUGCUCCGAUGGCUCCCUUCGGAUCUACUCCCCAGCCUCCCUCUACGACGAAUCCCCCACUGCUGCGGGUGCUUCCGAUUCCGAGAUCCGGCGGGAGACCUACACUGCCGAGCGGAACCUGUCGGGUUUCUGGAAGAGAGCUCCGUUGGCCAUGGAGGUGUGCCGAUCUCGCGAUCUUUUGCUUUCCCUGUCAGAGUGGGUAGCCCUGCAUCGCCUCCCUAAUCUUGAGACUGUCGUGGCUGUUGGGAAGACAAAGGGGGCUAAUAUUUAUAGCUGGGAUGAUCGGCGGGGGUUUCUUUGUGUUGGGAGGCAGAAGCGAGUCGGCAUCUAUCGCUUGGAUGGUGGUCGAGAAUUUGUGGAGGUGAAGGAGUUUAGUGUGCCUGAUGUCGUGAAGUCUAUGUCUUGGUGUGGAGAAAACAUAUGUUUAGGGAUUAAAAGGGAAUAUAUGAUAAUGAACAGUACAACAGGUGUGCUAUCAGAAAUAUUUCCUUCAGGAAGGAUUGCUCCUCCUUUGGUUGUCCCUCUUCCUUCUGGGGAUCUUCUUUUGGGGAAGGAUAACAUUGGAGUUUUUGUCGAUCAAAAUGGAAAGCUUCUACAAGAUGGUAGGAUAUGUUGGUCUGAGGCUCCUGCCUCAGUUAUUAUUAACAAGCCAUAUGCUUUGGCUCGUUUACCAAGACACAUUGAGAUACGAUCUCUUAGAGCCCCUUAUCCAUUAAUUCAGACAAUUGCUCUUCGGGAUGUUCAUCUCCUCCUGCACAGCAGUAAUUGUGUGAUUGCUGCCAGGGGUAAUUCUGUUUAUGGUUUGUUGUCUGUCUCUCUCGGUGCACAGAUUGUUCAAUUGACUGCAUGUGGAGAGUUUGAGGAGGCUUUGGCCUUGUGUAAGCUGCUUCCACCUGAGGAUUCUACCCUUCGGGCUGCGAAGGAAGGCUCAAUUCACAUAAGGUAUGGGCAUCAAUUGUUUGACAAUGGGAGCUAUGAGGAGGCAUUAGAGCAAUUUCUAGCGUCCCAAGUGGAUUUGACCUAUGUAUUGAGCUUAUAUCCGUCUAUCCAUCUUCCGAAGGCAGCAAACAUUGCUGAACCUGAGAUGGACUUGCCAGAUGGUUCUCAGCUUGUGAGAGUUUAUUCUGAUGCUUCAGAUGAAAUAGAAUCUUCAUCUUUCUCACAGCUGCAGGAACCUGAUGACAAAUCAAUACUUGAGGCCAAGAAAAUGAAUCAUAAUGCUCUAAUGGCUCUUGUAAAGUAUCUGCAGAAGAAAAGGCAUGGUAUUAUUGAAAGGGCUACUGCAGAGGUAACAGAAGAAGUUGUCUCGGAUGCUGUGCAGGAUAGUAUCAUGUCAUCUGAUCCAUAUAAGUCAAAGAUCUCAAGCAAGAGACGAGGCCAUACUCAUGCCUUUUCAAUUGCAAGGGAGAGGGCAACUAUACUGGAUACUGCACUGCUACAAGCUCUUCUUCUUACUGGACAAUCAGCAGCAGCGUCAGAAUUACUGAAAGGUCCCAACUAUUGUGAUUUAAAAAUAAGUGAAGAGUUUCUAAAAGAAAGAAAUCAGUUCACUCUAUUGUUGGAACUUUACAAGUGCAAUGAAAUGCACAGUGAGGCUCUCAAGCUUCUUAAUCAACUAGUUGAUGAAUCGAAGUCUGACCAUGCAAAUUCUGAACUCACCCAGAAGUUUCGGCCAGAAAUGAUCAUUGAUUAUCUUAAGCCUCUUUGUAGGACAGACCCUAUGCUUGUUUUGGAAUUCUCGACAAAUGUUCUUGAAAGCUGUCCAACAGAAACAAUCGACCUCUAUCUGUCUGGCAAUGUUCCAGCAGACUUGGUAAACUCAUACUUGAAAAGGCAUGCUCCAAAGUUGCAGUCUACAUAUUUAGAGCUUAUGCUUUCAAUGAGUGCUAACGAGAUCAACUCAAAUCUGCAAAAUGAACUGGUCCAAAUAUAUCUUUCAGAAGUACUUGACUGGUACAAGGAUCUUUCUCAACAACAACAGUGGGAUGAGAAAUCUUACUCUGCAACACGUAAGAAGCUAUUGAGUGCCUUGGAUGGCAUAUCAGGUUACAAUGCAGAAUCUCUUUUGAAGCGACUUCCAGCUGAUGCUUUAUAUGAGGAGCGUGCAGUAUUGCUUGGAAAAAUGAAUCAACACCAACUUGCCUUAUCUCUAUAUGUGCACAAGCUUCAAUUACCUGAACUGGCACUUGCAUACUGUGAUCGUGUUUAUGAGGCAGGGCUUCAUCAAGUUUCUAAAUCAUCAUCAAAUAUAUACCUUACACUUCUGCAAAUUUAUCUGAAUCCUCAGAAGACAACUAAAGAUUUUGAGCAAAGAAAUAUAAAUCCUAUACUGCCCCAGAAUGUUGCCAAUCAGAAGUCUGGCUCUGCUAAAACUAAAGCCAGCCGUGUUGCUCGAAAAGUUGCCGAGAUUGAGUGGGCUGAUGAUAUACGCAUUAGCCCAAGCGGUACUGAUAGUGGCCGAAGUGAUGGAGAUGGGGAUGAGAUCAGUGGGGAGGGUGGUCCUAUAAUGUCAAAUGAAGCACUUGAUUUGUUGAGUCAAAGAUGGGAUAGGAUCAAUGGUGCUCAGGCCCUAAGGCUGUUGCCAAGAGACACAAAACUUCAGAACUUGAUUCGAUUUCUUGAACCAUUAUUAAAAAAAUCCAGUGAAGGUCGUCGCAAUUAUUCAGUUAUCAAGAGCCUGAGGUUUACUGAGAAUUUGCAGGUAAAAGAGGAUCUCCAUAAGCAAAGAAGAACAGUGGUGAAAAUUGAUGGGGAGAGCACUUGUUCCCGUUGCUACAAACGGAUUGGAACCAGUGCUUUUGUGGUCUAUCCCGAGGGCAAGACCCUUGUGCAUUUUGUUUGCUUUCGGGACUCGCAGAGUAUCAAGCCUGCCAGGGGCACACUACUAAAGAAGCAAUUUUAGUACAUUUAAGCUCCAAGCGAUAUGUACUUGUGCCGGUCUCUGCUUUAUGCAGUGAGCUUGAUUGUAUAGCUCAUUCAUUUUCAGAUAACAAUGCUGACUCAGUUUUCAUACUGUUUCAUCAGUAAUCAGAUUCUGAUAGCCGGGAAUGAGAUAAUCACACAGCUUGUAAUAAUACAUAUGAGUUUGCUCCACUGCUUGAUUAGCAGCUUUGUCUGUUGGUUAAAUGACAGUCAGGUUUGGGUUUACUCCGACGAUCUUUGAUUUGCAGCAUUCCCUCUGCGAUGUCCCGUUACGGAGCGGGAGAUCGCCGUCUGGUGAAUAUUGGUUUCUACCAGUCCAGUGACCUUUCUACAGUCCGGCAGAUUGAUUUGUGUUUGUUGUUUCCAAAGAGCUGCAGGGACAUACUUGAGUUUCGCCUUGAUUGUAAAUUAUUACUCUUCCAGUUUUAUGUAUUUCCUGUAAGCACAUUGAUUUGUGUUAUUAGUGAUUGUUUUGAUAA